AAAUAACUCCUGUUUCGUCCGUAACUUGUCACUACAGCAGAGGAGCUGGUUGGAUGUUUAGGAACACAAAGGACUGCUACAUCUGGCACAGAGAUGAAGUGGUUUUUCUGCCUAUUUGGAGUAGGAUUAUACCUGCACAUGCAAAGCCUCGUCAAUGGAGAACUGAGUCUGAGCCAAAGCUUCAUUGAAAGCGCUGUACAACAAGCCAAGCAGAGAGUUGAUGCAGAUUAUGAGUAUGCCAGACGAGUGACUGUUUCUCGAGUGAGGAGGAGGUUUCCAAGUUCUGCAGACAUCCUACGGCUGUUGAAACAUCCUCGAGGACAGACCCGCACUGCUGUCCGGGCUGCUGACUACAUGGAUGCUACUCUUAAAAUCAUAAAGAGAUCGCUGUACAGACAGCAAAAGCGAUCUAUCGAUGCCACAGAUCAGAUCUCAGUGCAGGAUUUGCAGACCAUUGCUGACCUAACUGGCUGCACUCCCCGACAUCGAGUUCCUUCCUGCCAGACAGUUCCAAGUUUUAACAGUUUUCGCACUCCAACCAGCGCCUGCAACAACAUAAAAAACACUCGCUGGGGAUCUGCCAACAUACCUUUUGCCCGCUGGUUACCUGCUAAUUACCAGGACAACAUUGUUCUGCCCAAAGGAUGGGAUCCACAGCGCACUAUCAAUGGACACAUUCUACCCCUGGUGAGAGAAGUGUCCAACAGGAUUUUACAGACGGCCAAUGAAGACAUUGAGAGUGACCCACUUUAUACACACAUGGUAACAACCUUUGCGCAAUGGACUGACCAUGACCUGACCUUCACCCCCCAAACUCCAGUCAUCCGCUCAUUUAAUGGCGGUAUUGACUGUCAAACGACCUGUGAGAACUCAGAGCCCUGUUUUCCAAUUCAGAUUCCACCAAGAGAUCCUCGCUUUGGCCAAAACUCAAGCAAGUGCAUGCCCUUUUCCCGUUCUGCACCAGCCUGUGGCUCUGGCAACACGGGCUACAUCUUUGGAAACAGCACUGUCCGCCAGCAGAUGAAUGCUCUCACAGCUUAUCUCGAUGCUGGUCAGGUGUAUGGUUCAGAUGAAGCUAAAGCUAACAGCCUUCGAGACCUCAGCUCAGAAUUGGGCCUGUUGAGAGUCAACCCUCUAGUCAGUGACAACGGCCGCGAGUUGUUGCCCUUCGUGAAGAUGGGGGUGAACAUGUGUGCCACUAAAGGUCGAAUCACCAAUGACAGCAAUGCUGAAGAGGUUCCCUGUUUUCUUGCUGGUGAUGACAGAGUCGAUGAGAACAUCGUGUUAACCUCUUUGCAUGUACUCUUUGUGCGUGAGCACAACCGUCUGGCACGCGCCCUGGCGAAGCUCAAUCCUUCCUGGAAUGGAGAGCGGCUUUACCAGGAAGCGCGCAAGAUCAUUGGUGCAUACAUGCAGAUUAUCACUUUCAGAGACUUUUUGCCUCGCAUUGUUGGACCAGAUGCCAUGAAAAACCAGUUGUCCACCUAUCCCGGAUAUGAUGAAAAGGUGGACCCCAGCAUCGCCAACGUGUUUUCAACAGCAGCAUUCCGGUUUGCACACACAAUGAUUCAGCCUUUUGCAUUCCGUCUGGAUGAGGAGUACAAGGAGCAUCCUGACUACCCAAGCCCGCUGCUGCAUACAGCUUUCUUUACCCCAUGGAGAGUAAUUGAAGAAGGUGGUAUUGAUCCAAUCAUAAGGGGACUUAUUGGUCGUCAGGCAAAACUGAACACACAGGACCACCUCAUGCAUGAUGAACUGAGGGAACGGUUGUUUCAGUUCACUGCUCAUUUGGCUCUUGAUCUUGGAUCCCUCAACAUGCAGAGAGGAAGAGACCAUGGACUGCCUGGUUACAACGCGUGGCGUAAGUUCUGUGGUCUGUCACAACCACGAAAUCUGCAGGAGCUCUCAGGUGUGAUGAAAAAUCCUAAACUGGCCAAGAUGUUAAUGGAUCUCUAUGGAACACCCGAUAACAUUGAUGUUUGGUUGGGCGGAAUCGCUGAGCCUUUUGUCCGGGGUGGAAGAGUGGGACCCUUGUUUGCCUGCCUGAUUGCCACACAGUUCCAAAAGAUCCGCAGGGGUGACAGACUUUGGUGGGAAAAUCAUGGAGUGUUCACUGCGGCACAAAGAGAGUCACUGAUGAACACGUCAUCUUCACGAAUCAUCUGUGACAAUACUGGUAUAACCGAAGUACCAGAAACAGUCUUCCAGUACCGCCCACGAGGCAGAGGUUACACCAGAUGUGAGGACAUCCCUGCCUUUGACCUCAGCCCAUGGAAGGAGGUAUAUGAAAAUGGAGAUGGACAACAUGGAGGACAGGGUCCUCAAGGACCUCAAGGACCCAUAGGGCCACCUGGUCCAAGAGGCCCCCCUGGACCUCCUGGUGACUCCGUUAAAGAAGCAUUUGCGGUGCGACUUGGCAUGAACUACCCAACCGCAGGCCUGCCUAUCCCUUUCCAUGAGGUCAUCUAUAAUGGACAAAACUCAUAUGACACCACAACAGGCAUUUUUACAAGCUCACACUCGGGGGUCUAUCAGUUUGAUUUCCACUGCACCAUCUACCAAAAUAAUGGCAAUGUAGAUCUGAUGCAUAAUGGCAAGAUAAUCGUGCAUGCAUUCACAACCAGAGUAAGUGGCUACAUAAUUGCUAGUGGCACCACACUCAUUGAACUGAAUGAAGGAGACAAGGUGUGGUUGGUGGCAAACCAAGGUGGCACUGGGCAAAUCAGAGAUAGUUACUUCUCUGGCCAUUACCUUUUCAGCACAGAUGAUACAUAUUAGAAAACAGGCUAGGCAGCCUAACAUGUCUCUGUGACAGCAGGCUGUAGGUCACAUAAUUUGUAAAAUCAAAAUUAUGAAGGAUUUUUUUUUUAAAUAUAUAAAUGUAUAUCUGUGUCUUGAAACAAAAUGUACAGCAGUUAGGCACGUCACCUUGCACAUCCACAUACUUGUUUUUGUUUUGCUGAAUACACCUGUUAUUAUAAUAAAGUUGGGUGAUGCAACGCUGACACUUUGAAGGUAUGCCAAGACCACAGAAAUGAAAAAAAGACUUGAGCCUGCCGCUGUUUGGUUCACAAACAGUCAAAGUAAAACCCCAAAAUGCAGGCAGCAAAUACACAGGAUUAGAUGCCAAACCCAAGGUGAUUUAUUCUCCACAAAAUCCAAAAGUGACAAAUAGUUCAAAAGGGUGACAAAAAGUAGAAUAAAAGAAUAGAGUCCAAACACUGAAUAAUUUGGGAGAAGAAAACGACGACAGGAAUAACCACAGAACGAUGGAAGCUACUGCCAAACACGGAAUACUCACAGAGCUGCAGCCACAGAGAACACAGUGAAUCAACUGGCUAGGAGAUGCGGACAUGUGAGGGCUAAAAUCCCAAAAAGAAGUAAUCAGUGAGAGGUGCAACAACUCAGGGAAAAGGAGGAAGGAAGAAUGCAUGUGAGAUCUAACUGAACAUACGGUGACAGAAAACUAAAACUGAACUCAAGAGAAAAUACAAAAACGUAUAACAAAAAUGCCAUAACAAAACACAACAGAGGAAAAUAAAUAGAAACAACAUAUAAGUCCAAGUGCAAAAAUGCAGAACUAAAGGCAGGACUCAACAAGUGUACAAAUGAACAUGAGACAAAACUAACAUGGACUAACACAAGAAAAUAGAUACCCAAAUAAUACUACUAUGGAUAAAAUAACUGAAAACAAAAGCCAGGGACAAAAGUACAGAGUAAUCAAGAAACCAGUAAACACAUUGCAAACAGGGGACACAUUAAACAUGAUCAAUAUGGCACACUACGCAGGAACUUGAGGGCCAGGAACACUAUGACAUGGAGCACUCGGACAGGGGAACAUACAGUCCAAACAGACACCAGGCAGACACACACAGAUGACAGACAGAGACAGCGGAACAUGGUGACGCACCACAGACAGAGACAAUUCUGAUAAAGACAGAUCAAACGGAACCAAACACAGACAAGAACCUAGACAAGCAGGAGAAUGGACACAUACCACGAGUACGUUCCUUCAGCUGCUCCCUUGUUUUCACUUGGGGUCACCACAGCAGAUCCAAGGUGGACCUACAUGUUGAUUUGGCAGGCGUUUUACACCAGAUACCCUUUCUGACCCAACUCCACGUUACAUGGACACAAGCCACAAGACACUGACAUAAAACUGGGGCUGUGAGCACACACACACACACACACACACACACACACACACACACACACACACACACACACACACACACACACACACACACACACACACACACACACACACACACACACACACACACAACAUAGCUGACAUAAUCCUGUGCUCAAUUGGCCAGUAAUGAGUAGCUCGGAAUACCAUCUUGUUUCAGGAAUUGAAUAAAGUUACACAGUGUAAACAAAUCAAAUCAAUAUGCUUACUGUUUACAUCACCAAAGAGAGGGACAGCCGGUCAUCCAGUCUACUGGAUAACUACUGAAUGUUUCACUUUCAUGAUCAGAAUCAUAAUUCGAAAAGCAUUCCCUGGGUGAUAACAUAGUCAACUGUGGCAAUUUCUCAUACAAAUGAAACUAUUGCAGAAAUGAGUUUGUGGUCACUCUAGUCUUUUUCAUCUCUAGAGCUAUGAAAACAUGAAUCUAGGAGCUGAUAAUAAAGUAGAAAUGCAAAUACCCUCUCAGCGUAGAAGGUGUUUAACUGUGUCAAAACUGUAAAAGACUCAGGUACAGCAAUGAAGUAUAUCAAUACUGCGUGUUAAUCUGCUGCAAAAAAGAAAUUUAGUAAUUCCAUGAGAUUAGCACUUUGUUUGCUUUACAGUGUCAAGAAAGUUAGAUGUCAAUUGGCAAUAUGAGAUAAUGUAUUAAUUAAAAUCAUUUUUAUUUUUUCA